GGUUGGCUCGCAGCAGAUGGCAGAGGGCAGCCAGUUGCUCUAAAAUGCAGAGGCUGACCUGCUUGCUUCCCAGGGUGUGGUGAGAAUUGCUGCCUGUUCCUAGGUGCCUCAAGUGGCACGUGUUGCCGGGUCUGUUUCGAGGAGACUGGUGGUGUGGAAGGCAGCCAUGGGGCUGCUGACUGGGGAUGCGCUUUUCUCACUGGCCAUUGCCGUGACUAUUUUCAUGCUCCUGGUAGACCUGAUGCACCGGCGCCAACGCUGGGCUGCUUGCUACCCACCAGGCCCUGUGGCACUGCCCCUCCUGGGCAACCUGCUACAGAUAAACCUGCACAACAUACCAUACUCCUUCUACAAGUUUCGGUGCCGCUUCGGGGACGUGUUCAGCCUGCAGCUCGCCUGGAAUCCAGUGGUUGUAUUCAAUGGGCUGGUGGCUGUGCGUGAGGUGCUGGUGAAUCACAGCGAGGAUACUGCAGACCGGCCACCAGUGCCCAUCAAUGAACACCUGGGCUUCGGUCCACGAUCCCAAGGGUUGAUCUUGGCACACUACGGGCCUGCCUGGCAUGAGCAACAGCGCUUCUCUGUGUCAACUCUGCGCCACUUUGGGCUGGGCAAGAAGUCGCUGGAGCAGUGGGUGACAGAGGAGGCCUCUUGUCUCUGUACUGCAUUUGCCACCUGGAAUGGAUGCCCUUUUAGCCCAAAGGAACUCCUGAACAGAGCAGUGUGCAAUGUGAUCGCCUCCCUCAUCUACGCGCAUCGCUUUGAGUAUGAUGACUCACUCUUGGGCACGAUAUUGGACCUGCUGGACAGAAGCACGAAUCAGGGCCUUGAGUUGAUUCCCCAGGUGCUGAACGCAUUCCCAGUGCUCCUGCGCAUCCCAGGUGCAACUGACAGGGUCCUCCUUGCCCAGAAGGCCUUCUUGGCACUGAUUGAUGAGCUUGUGGCAGAGCAUAGGGCAACCUUUGACCUGAGCCAGCCACCUCGAGACCUGACUGAUGCCUUCCUGGGUGAGAUGGAGAAGGCCAAGGGGAACCCUGAGAGCAGCUUCAAUGAUGAGAACCUGCGGCUGGUUGUGGCUGACCUGUUCGCGGCAGGGAUGGUGUCCACAUCAACCACUCUGGACUGGGCCCUGAAGCUCAUGAUCCUGCACCCAGAUGUGCAGUGCCGUGUCCAGCAGGAGAUCGAUGAGGUGAUGGGGCAGGGGCGGUAUCCAGAGAUGGGGGACCAGGCCCAUAUGCCCUUUACCAAUGCUGUGAUUCACGAGGUGCAGCGCUUUGGAGACAUCCUCCCAGUGAAUUUUCCCCACGUGGCCUCCCGUGACAUUGAGGUGCAGGGCUUCCUCAUCUCCAAGGGCACGGGGUUAGUCGUGAACCUGUCCUCCGUACUGAAAGAUGCAACCAUCUGGGAGAAGCCUUUCCACUUCUACCCAGAACACUUCCUGAACACUGAGGGCCAGUUUGUGAAGCAUGAGGCCUUCAUGCCAUUCUCAGCAGGCCGCCGCGCAUGCCUCGGGGAGCCCCUGGCCCGCAUGGAGCUCUUCCUCUUCUUCACCUGCCUGCUGCAGCGCUUCAGCUUCUCAGUGCCCGAGGGACAGCCUCUGCCCAGCGACCACGGUGUCUUUGGGUUCCUGAACACCGCAUUUAUCUACCAGCUCUGCGCUGUGUCCUGCUAGAGGAGAGUCCAAACCUUGUUCUUGGCUUGAGUGGGGGAUCUGAUGUGGAAUAAAAUCAUCUCUGUGGCUGCAAACUGGUGUCUGGGUCUCACUCCCCACCAGGCCUGGUCUCUAAUAUGUCCUCAGCCACUCAUAGAUGGGAAACCUAAUCCUGUGUCAUCUGUUCUUUCCUGGCCUCUGUGGAGUCCAGGAAACAUUUAGGAAAACUGCUCCUCAACUGUGGACAGCUCAACCCUUUUCACUCUUGAGAUUUAUUCCUGCCUGUGGGUUGUUCCCAACCCCCAGGGAACCCUUGAGCUCCAGGGCUCUCAGGUAGGGCUUGAGUGUGAAGGGCUCUGCUCAGAGUCUGUAUGACCUUUUGAAGAGAGACAGAUGGUCCUGGUGGUCCCAAGACCCCACUCACAUGCAGUGAAUUUCCAGGUUUUACAGAAGUGGAAAGACUGUUUCACUCACUAGGAAACUUAGGACAAGGACAGGAAACAGAUGCAAAUCAGCAUCAGUAAAACCUCCACUGGGCAGAGUGCAGGAAGAGCUGCCCUAGCACUCAGCUGAGCUGUCUGAGGAAAGUUGUCCAGGCUGUGGGCAGAUCUCUGGCCACAAGGCGGGACCCACAUGUACUGGCCCACAGAUUUAGCUCUCCACAGAAGCUCAGCUAACCCUGGAUCCAAGGAUCUGCCCUAUCAGCAGGGAGCUCACACAUGGGUGACCUCAGUGAUUAACUGAACAUCUACUCCAGGUCAGCAGGAGGCAGCCUGAAGCCCCACUAGGUGACAUCACUAGAAUAGAGUGAAGUAUGCCCUGUAGAUGCUGCUGUACAGAGACAGUCUUAUAAGGAAAGUUGUGCCAUGGCCUUAGCUGAGGCUUCCCAGCUGCCCUUGGGAGUCAGGGAUUUGUUUUGGCAUAUUCAGGGUAGACAUGCAGGCCUGGCAAGGAAGUCUGCUAAACCUGCUUUCCACCAUUACACUUAUUACAAAAUGAUCACAUGUAUAAUACCUGUAUUAAUUUGCUUUUAUUGUGGUGUGAUAGCUACCAAAUAUUGCUUCUGUUUAUCCACAGGUUUAUUUUCAUUUGGCAAAAUGAAAUACUAAGCCACUUAGACCAUAGUUUCCCACUCCCUUGUCCCCAGACUCUGGCCAAUAAGAUCUACCAUAGUUUGUAUGAAUCUAACUAGCAUAGCAAGUCAUUCAACUGGAGUCAUACUGGAUUCACCUUGUGCAAAUGGCUUAUUUCACUUAAUGACAUUGUCCAAGCUCUUUUGUUGUGUUACAAGCAUCAGUACAUCCUUCUGUGUUAAGGCAGGUUAAAAUUCAUUCUGUGCAUGGGUAUUAGCCCCAUGUACCCUCCCAUACCAUUUUUUUCUCUAG